UAUUUGUAAAGUUUCAGUGAUUUCUACAUAUCAGGCUAUCGAGAUCGAGAGAGAGAGAGAGCCGCUAUGCAGGUAGUGUGUGAUAUAUAAAGAAUCAAUCGAGUUGUGAAAUGGCAGUGAGACUGAGCUCAGUGAAGCCUCUGAUUACAGAUUCGCUGCCUUCUUGGCCUCGCAAUUCGAGGCAGCUUUUUGCUUCCAUUUCAAAGAAUAGUCGAGUUGGAGUCUCAGCAACUCAAAUGGCGACUAGUACAAAAGUCAUUGAUUCACAUUUGCAUGUUUGGGCAUCUCCUGAGGAGGCUGCAGAUAAAUUCCCUUACUUUGCUGGACAAGAACCCACUUUACCAGGUCAUGUUGAUUUCUUGCUUGAGUGCAUGGCAGAAGCAGGAGUAGAUGGUGCACUCAUUGUCCAGCCCAUUAAUCAUAAGUUUGACCACUCCUAUGUGACAAGUGUCUUGAAAAAGUAUCCAACCAAGUUUGUUGGUUGCUGCCUCGCAAAUCCAGCAGAAGAUGGGAGUGGGCUUAAGCAGCUUGAACAUCUUAUUUUGAAGGAUGGUUAUCGUGCUGUUCGCCUCAAUCCAUAUUUGUGGCCUUCUGGUCAACAGAUGACAAAUGAAAUCGGAAAGGCAAUGUUCUCUAAAGCCGGAGAGCUUGGAGUACCGGUGGGUUUCAUGUGUAUGAAGGGUCUUAAUCUUCAUCUAUCAGAAAUUGAGAAAUUGUGCACAGAAUUUCCCUCGACUGCUGUAAUGCUUGAUCAUGUGGCUUUCUGCAAACCACCAACAAAUGACGAGGAAAGCCUUGCUUUCUCAGAGCUUUUAAAGCUAUCUAGAUUUCCACAGGUUCAUGUAAAAUUUAGUGCCCUAUUCCGGGUGUCAAGAAAGCCAUUUCCAUAUGAGGAUUUGUCUGAAGUUCUUUCCCAAGUAGUCUCUAGCUUUGGUGCCAACCGUGUCAUGUGGGGCAGUGACUUCCCAUUUAUUGUUGCGGAGUGUGGGUAUAAAGACACCAAAGAAGCAGUAUCUGCCAUUGCCAAGCGAGUGCCUCUAUCAUUGUCUGAAUUGGAAUGGAUCAUGGGUAGAACAGUUAUGCAACUCUUUCGCGGACACUGGCUCUCUUAAGCAAUUCGACAUCUCUUCGCUUGCAACAUGCUGUGUUAAAAAUCAUGUACUGAAGAUAGCUAGAUAUGUGGAAUGUUAUUGUGAGGCUGAUUAUAUAGUUGGACACAGCUUAUGACUUUGAAUCUGACUAGAGUAAUUAGUUUGCUCAACAAUUAGCUUUGGUAAUGAGCUGGAAAUUGGAAGUUAGAUUGUUGCCAUAGUUUCGGUAAUGAAUGCAAAAUUCAACUAAAAGUUGUGUACCUUGUGAUCA